AAUCGCUCUGAGAAGGAACACAGACGCACUACAAUGAAAAUCAAGCCAGAUUCCCCGGUCUCCAUGAUCGACCCAUCCCUGCUACUGCGUCCGGAGGCCAAGUAUGACGACAAGCCCGUGGAAGCCUUCAGGGACUACAACAUCGACGAGAACGACCCCAUAAAGAUGAGAGUUCGGAAAACGUAUUACGACAUGCACACGAAUAUGACUGUUGACUUUGUCAAAAGUAAAAUGGAAAAGUGGUUGAAGUUUAAUCACUUCAAAGCCACUGUUAAGGAUGCUCUCAUCAAGCUCAAUGACUUAGUGGACGAGUCAGACCCCGAUACGGAUCUCCCAAACAUCGUGCACGCCUUCCAGACCGCUGAGAGGAUCAGGGAGGAACACCCCGAUGAAGAUUGGUUCCAACUUAUUGGACUGAUGCAUGAUCUCGGAAAGGUUAUGGCAUUCUACGAUGAACCACAGUGGUGCGUGGUGGGUGAUACCUUUCCGGUUGGCUGUAAGUGGGGUAAAUCUAUUGUGUACGAAGACGACAGCUUCCAACGUAAUCCGGACACGUACAAUCCUAAAUACAAUACUGAACACGGCAUGUACAAACCGAAGUGUGGUCUAGAGAACUUAAUGAUGUCCUGGGGCCACGACGAGUACCUGUACCGAGUUCUUGUACAUAACAAGUCCAAGUUUCCCAAGAAAGCGCUGUACAUGGUCAGGUACCACUCCUUCUACCCGUGGCAUGCUGGUGGCGAUUACAAACAUCUUCUCGUGGAAAGCGAUAACGAUAUCUUGGAGGCUGUACUUGAGUUCAACAAAUACGACUUGUAUACGAAAAGCGCUGGGGUCCCGGACAUUGAAGCGCUUUGGCCUUACUACGAGAAACUCAUCGAUAAAUACAUCCCGGGUGUACUUGAGUGGUGAAACUGGCCUCCAUAAAACGAUUAGAAAUAUGAUAAG